GUUGAACCUCCCCAAGAUGCACUUUGCAAAUGGCUGGAAGAGGCAGUGAGCAAGAAGCCCAGCAACUGGGGAAGCGACGGGACGAGCAAAGAUGCGACCAUGCAUAAUGUUCAGCAGUUUGAGAACGUUGUCCUCGGCGUCAUCGACAUGGGGAUCAAGUUGGUUGUUCGCAAGUGUUUCCUCGAGAUGCGGACGUUGGCGAUGGAAUGGAUGGACAAGAAACUGAAAGAUCACAAACUCACUGGAGUUUUUGUGAUCACGGGCACACCCGGUAUCGGGAAAUCUGCUUUCCUGGCAUAUUUUGCGGCAUAUUUGUGUGAGAAGGGCUACGACAUCGUGAUUCAGCGUGGGCAGGAGUGGUGGUCACAUGCUUCUGGCAAAGCCACUACACAUGGGAAAAAGGAACCCGAGGCCCUGCUCAAGCAACAAACGACUGUGCUGUUGUUCGACCCGUGUGAUUCUGAUGCGGCCAAGUUGCAGACUCGCGAUCAGGGCGUGUCUUUCGCUUUCACGUCUCCCGGAGAGAAGUGCUACAAAACUGCGUUUAAGCAGCAGGUCGUUCAUAGCACACGGCGCUUCAUGCCUACAUGGACCCUUGCAGAGUUGAUCGAACACCAGCUUGUUUUGCUUCCUUCUUUCAGCGACGACGCAGAUGUCAAGAAGGCACAUGCCUUGCUUGGUGGGAGUGUGCGGUGGCUGUGCGCUGUGGUUGUGCAGCGACAGAAGAAGCCAACGCAGUCUCUGGAAGAUGCCGCCAAAAAGAUAAUUCGACAGUGCCUCGAAAGGAUCACAUCAUGGGAUGACUUGGACAAGUUGGUGAGGCGUUUGGGACCGAGUGCCGCAGCUGACACCAGGGACAGCAAAGCGAGCCUCCUGCUUCAAAUUGAUGCAGAUGGGGAUUCCGAGACUCCGUCCGAGCAGUUUCUUGCCUCAGAUGUUGCAAAACAGGAAGUUUGCAAGGCGCUCAACAUCGAGACACAAGAGGCCCGGGUCAAGUUCGUGAAGAAGUUUCUUGAAAGUAAGCCGCUGGGGCAGUUGGUGGGAGAUAUCUCUGAGGUCAUGGUUCUCAACAGGCUGACCGGUAAAGGACAACCGCGAUACAAACUAACUUGCAGACCUUUGGCUGGCGGAGCUGACUUCCCACAGCAAGUUCCCAAUGCCCAAGCGCAGGUGCCACUUGCAUCUGCUUCAAAGCACGAGAAGAUCCGAAACAUGAAUGCUGACCAGCUGUAUUGUCCUCACUCGGACAACUUUGCCGCAACCGACUUCUUCUUCGUGACAAGCAAUGAGGAUAAGAGCCUCACGCUUUGGUUGUUGCAGACAACCAAGGAUAGCCAACAUGAUUGCAAGAUCAAUAAAAUGAAAGACGACAUGGCGGGCUCUUUCUCUGAAGACGCAAUCAAGCAGAUCUCAGACAUCAGAUGGGUCGUCGUUGCACCCGCCCCGAUCGCAGCGAGUUACAAAGCUCCUCAAAAAAUGAUUGGUCUCUGGAAUGACAUUGAGGUAAAGCAGUAUGUUCACAGCUGGGUGUUCGAGUGA